UCUCUCUCCACGCUGCCUCACUGCACAAAAACUCCACGCAGGAGAAGCGUCUAUCUGUCAGAACGAGAGCUGCGCGCUUUGUGCGUUGGAUGCCAAUAUUAGGAGAGGUCCCAUUUAUAAGAGAGGAUUAAAACCCCAACAAAUAAAGGGUCCGCACAGGUGAGGCCACCGCGAGAGACGCCAGCCCAUCUGUCAAUCGACGCGUCGAGUACCUCGCUGUCGGAUGCAAACAAGUCGCCGAGAGGAUAAGCUAAGGGAAAACGCGGGGGAGGAAAAGAAGCCGACUUUUCAAAGAGCACUCUGGCUGCUAUUUUGGCUGCACUGUGGCCAGGGAGUGUCUCUUUUGAGAGUGCUCGCUGACAAAAAAAGGGCAGCCCGCCUAUCCAAAAAGACUGUGUAAAUACUGGAUAUCAAUUAGCUUAAGCGCUAAGAUUACCCCCCACCAAAAAAAGAGGCACCAAACGUAAACGCUGUGGUUUCCUCAAGUGCUGCCUUCCAGUCUCCAGGAAUGGAAGUCACGUGGUGAAGGAUCGACAACACCUUAAAGGGGCAACAGUUUGGAUGUCUUUCCUCUCUCGCUGAAUGAAGAUGAAGCCGUUGACCCCCAUUGGAUCCCCGUCUCCCCUGCGGCUCCUUAACAAGGGUCCGGACUAUCUGCGCCGGCAGAUCGACGGAGGGAGCCACGGUCGAGCAAUUAGCGCCGUGGAAAGGCUGGAGGCAGACAAGGCCAAGUAUGUCAAAAGCCAGCAGGUCAUUAACACCAAACAAGAACCUGUGUUGGUGCCGUGUGCCACACCACCCCCACCCCGAAGGGUUUUCACCACCCCUGGUAGCUUCAGCCCCCAGCUCCCCCCGCGACGUUUAUCCGGCACCCCAUUCUCUACUCUUUCUGGGUCCUUCAGGGACGAAAAUGAAAACGACGACUCCAGGAAGGAGAAUCAACAGACUUCCAUUGACAUUGAGGCCCAUAACAACGUGAUUAACGGGAAACCACCCAGCCCCAGAACACCUGCAUUUACCACCACUCUAGUGGCUCCACACAGUGCACCUGUCCUCCGCAGGAGCACCGGAAAGCGCAUGCUGAGACCAGAUUCGCUUGUCAUCUACCGGCAGAAGAAAGAGUGCAAGAGUCCCAAUGUAGAGAACGGUAAUAUUGAACUAAAAGGAUAUAGCUUCGUUCGCCGCCUCUUCCAGGGUUCCAUGAGAGAGAAGGGUAGCGGGGGACUCCAGAAGAUGGUCAUCGGCGAAGACAAAGCACCCUCGCGGGACGGAGACUCCCGUAUGUCAUGGACUAACGAUAAGGACACAACCGACGGAGGGCUGGGAAGCAGGAGGUCAAGUAAAACAGAGAAGGAACAUAGCCCUGGUUCCAUCCCAGGUUCUACGCUAGAUCAUAACAAUGACGGGUCUAAAUGCACCCCUGAUGACGACAUGGGAGACAACAAUCCAUGGAAACGGGCAUCACCACCAAUUUCUUUACGGAGCAAGUUCAGAGGGUUGCACCGUUCGAAAUCAGAUCUGCAUCUCCGCUGCUCAGUAGCCUUGUCUGAGCAAGAGCAGUUCUUUGACUUUUGCGGCCUGGAUGCCGAACUUAUCGACCGGCUUGGCCGAGAGAACUUCCUGUCAGGGGCCAGCUCUAUAGACACUCUUUCCCUGGCUUUGCGCAGCGUGGCUGGGGACGGCGGAACAGAGCCAAGCGAAUUCUCCCGCCACUCCGGAGACGGGUUGUUUCAGGAGGAACUGGCCGAUCAGCCCCCUACCGGCGUUUCCAUCAUAGAGAGGAACGCUCGGGUCAUCAAAUGGCUCUACGGAUGCAAGAACGCUGUUCAUGAGGGACCCAAAGAAUCUACAGUUUAAUCUAGAGAACUGUACAGUAGCUCUCUUACGCGUAGCAUUCACGUCAAUCCUUUGUUAGUGUCUUUGAAAAACUUUUUUGCCAAAUGACUCCUAUCAAACUAUUUAUCUCAUGGAAACCUCAUAUGCAAUUGGACUGAUUCCACGUACAGUGAAGAAAAUAAGUAUUUGAACACCUUGCUAUUAAGUUCUCCCACUUAGAAAUCAUGGAGGGGUCUGAAAUUUUUCAUCGUAGGUGCACGUCCACUGUGAGAGUGAUAAUCUAAAAAAAAAAAAAUCCGGAAAUCACAAUGUAGGAUUUUUUAAACAAUUUAUUUGUGUGAUACAGCUGCAAAUGAGUAUUUGAACACCUGAGGAAACAAAUGUUAAUAUUUGGUACAAUAGCCUUUGUUUGCCAUUACAGAGGUCAAACAUUUUCUGUAGUUUUUCACCAGGUUUGCACGCACUGCAGGAGGGAUCUUGGCCCACCUAUCAUGUUUCUGGGCUGUCUUUGAGAAAUACAGAGAUCAAGCUGACUCCAAAGGUUUUCUAUUGGGUUUAAGUCUGGAGACCUGGGGGAACCUAUGUCUUGCUUGCCAUAUCUGGCUCUUUUGAUGAGUGCAUCUGGCUUUCCGCCAACCUGUAAUUUUAAAUGUGGAACCGUCCGACUCGUUUGACAUGAACGAGCUGUGACGAGCUGAUAGGCCAUUCCAGAGGUUACGCUAGACUUUUUCGUUGUCUGUCAUUUUGACUGACAGGGUCAUAAAAAUCCGGUCAUAAUCUUAUUUAUCCGUCACUUAAAUUUUUAAAAUGACUAUAUCUUGAUGCAGUCACUAUAUGUAUAUACACAAUAAUACACUAAUACUUUAUCAUAUAAAGUAACUAACAUUAGUGCAGUCAUGGAUUACAGUAAGCAGGCCAGUACUGUGUUUCCAUAUAUAUUUUUAAUAUGUUAUGUAUAUACAGGAUAUAUAUAUAUUUAUCCCCCCCCCCCCAAGUGGGACCUUCCAUGAUCCUAAUCCAUUUAAUAAUAAUAAAUAUUAUAUAAUUCCAUUGUAUAUAUAUAUAUUUUAUUUAUUUAUUUAUUAUUAUUAUUAUUAGAUAAAAAUGCACGUUGAUACGACGCACAUAAAGGCAACUUCCAAUUUUUUAAAAAAUCGUUAGAAAGUUGUAUGGACUUACAAUCCGCUAGUUUGUUGUUUCCUGUUGUCUUCCGAAAUACACCUGGGUGACGGCGCGUCAAGUGUUCGUUCAUAGCCGACGUGCUACCGUGGUAUGCGAGCUCAGCUUAGCAAAAAGAGUACACACAGUGGUGGCACCCUCCAUAUUUUCCUUGAAAUAAUUUCAGGCUCUGGCUAGUCUGGUCCGCUUUUUUGUCUUUAUGCCGCUUUCACCGUGUUACCAAUUCUGCCCUUCUUGGUAAUUGGCGGCGUUUUCAACUGCUCGCCGCAGUGAGGAGUGAACCGGCGAUUCACUUGAUUCGUUGUCAUCCUUCACUGCAUCAGUCCCUCUUUUUUCACCUCUUUUAUCAACACCAUCGUCAUUUUGGGGCUUUUUGGAGAAACUUCGGACACUCAGUGGCCUUGACAUUUUUCCGAGUUAGGCCAACGACGUCAUGCAUCAAGAGAGACAAUAGCUACUUAAUAUGCUCACUCGCCACCCUGUGGUCUGGGGUGUGAAUUGCAACCUGUCAAAAUGACAGAUGGACUUCAGUUUUUUCCGUCACCGUUGUAAAAAACCGGUCAACGGCGGAAAAUAUUCGGUUAACGCGACCCCUGGUCUAUUCACACAUUUUUUUUGGACCUUCAAACAUACGUCGCAAUAAUAUGCUUCAAUUCAGUGGCCAUUGGUGGUCCUCCCGUCGCCGAUUGCACGGAGAUGGGCGUUAGUACAGUACUGGGCUGGCCCCUCCCAAAUCAAUGCCGAGCAAUCUGGAGUAUAUAAAAAUGCGUAGGGGAAAAUUAAACCACGAAGUGAACUCCGUAGUACCUCAAGUCAUAGAGGUCCUUAAUCAGUAUGACUUACAUGACUUUUUCACCUGUCAAAAUUGUCAUGAUCCCUGGUAUCGGUUUCCACUUCCAGGAAAUAUAUGCAGUGCCACACCAUGAUUCUAUUUGUUAUUUUCCUAGUGAUGAGUUGGGUCAUUGUCAUGUUGGAAGACCCAGGCAUGAUCUUCAAUGUUCCGUCUGAAGGACGGCGGUUGUUGCCCCAAAUCUCACAAUACAGGGCCUGUGUCAUCCUCUCGUUAAUACAGUGCACUCAUCCUGUCCCAUGCGCCGAAGAACACCCCCAAAGCAUAAUGCUACCACCCCCAUGCUUCACAGUCGGGAUGGUGUUCUUGAGAUUGUACUCAUCAUUCUUCGUCCUCCAAACACGGUUAGUGGAAUUAUGACCAAAAAAGUUCUAUUUUACUAUCAUCUGAUCACAAAACUCUGCAUCAUCCAAAUGCUCAUAGGCAAACCUAAGACUGGCCUUGACAUGUGCUGGUUUAAGCAGAGGAACCUUCCGUGCCAUGCAUGAUUUCAAACCACGACGUCUAGUGUGUUACCAACAGUAACCUUGGAAACAGUGGUCCCAGCUCUUUUCAUGUCAUUGACCAACUCCUGUCAUGUAGUUCUGGGCUAAUUCCUAACCUUUCAUAGGAUCAGAGACUCCACAAGGUGAUAUCUAACAUGGAGCUCUACUCCGAUUGAGAUUGACCGUCAUGUUUAGCUUUUCCCAUUUUCUAAUUGCUCCAACAGUAGACCUUUUUUCACCAAGCUGCUUGGCAAUUGGUCUGUAGCCCUUUCCAGCCUUGUGGAGGUGAACAAUUUUGUCUCUGGUGUCCUUGGACAGCUCUUUGGUCUUGACCAUGUUACAAGUUUGAGUCUUACUGAGUGUAUGGGAUGGACAGGUGUUUUUAUGCUGCCAUCAACCUCGAACAAGUCCAUCUGAUUCAGGAUACGUGGCGUGGAGGUGGACUCUUAACACAUUCACUCCCAGCCAUUUUUAACCGUAGCAAGGCCCUUCGCUCCCGGCCGUUUGACUGGAUUUUGACUGAUUUUGCAAGGCCCACAGAAAAUUCUGUUCUAUUGCUAUAUGAACAUGGAACCCACCAAAAGAAAGAUUAGACUCUUCUUUCAGCAGAAAAAAAGUAAGUUCUUUUUCCAUUCUUUAGAAAUCUGCAUUAGAAAAUAGCUUAGUUUGAGCAAUUUUCCAAUUUCUGAUGAAAAAAAAACGGAGAAAUUUUAAACUUUUUCAAACAUAACUGACUUUAACACAGCUAUUUUUUGCUUUAGUUACAUCCCAAACAUCUGAAUAAUGUUUUCCUUUUACAAAAUAACAGAAACAACAAGACAAAUAGAGUUUUUGAUCGCAAAGUAACAAUUUAUUUACACAUAACUAACUGAAAGAUGACGCUAUUGUGGCCGCGAGAGCUGGUUAAACUUUUCCCUCACCGUUGCCUGUCUCAAAAAGAUUCGUUUUUUGAGUCUCUGCGGGCACUGCUCGGGAGCAGCACGGACUCAACGGCAUCUAGUGGUCCCGGUCGUUCUGCUCGGUCAUCCAGUGCCUAGCAUCCCGGGCGUCCUACCGGUUGUUCUGCUCGGUCGUCCGUCGCCUAGCAUCCAUUCGGUUGUCUUCCGCCUUCGCCCCGGCUUUGUGGCUUGCCCGUUCAUUGCCGUUGAAUCGGGUUGCGAGUCUUACCAAAUGCGCUACUGCCUUCCAGUGGCCAGUUUUAUUUCUUUAAAAUGGAUUUUCAGCUUUGUGCUUUGGAAAUAAAUUGAAUCACAACCCAGAGAUGUCUCUUUUGACAAAAAAAAAAAGUAAAACACGUAUAAAUACGUCUUUUGGACACUGAAACAAUUAAAAAUAGAACAUAUUUACAGGUUUUUGGGAGCAAACGAGUUAACAGGCGGACUAACAGAUCUUUUAGGAUUAGAAUUCUAUCUGACAGACAAGUGUUCAAUUUAGGGCUGUCAAAUGAUUAAAAUUUUUAACCGAGGUAAUCACAGCUUAAAAAUUAAUUAAUCGUAAUUAAUCGCAAUUCAAACCAUCUAUAAAAUAUGCCAUAUUUUUCUGUAAAUUGUUGUUGGAAUGGAAAGAUAAGACACAAGACGAAUAUAUACCUUCAACAUACUGUAUAUAAGUACUGUAUUUGUUUAUUAUAACAAUGAAUCAACAAGAUGGCAUGAACAUUAUUAACAUUCUGUUAAAGCGAUCCAUGGGUAGAAAGACAUGUAGUUCUUAAAAAAUAAACGUUAGUACAAGUUAUAGAAAUUUUAUAUUAAAACCCCUCUUAAUGUUUUCGUUUUAUUAGAAUCUGUAAACCUUUUAAUCAAAAAAUAAACUAGUAGCUCGCCAUUGUUGAUGUCAAUAAUUACUAGGGCUGUCAAAAUUAUCGCGUUAACGGGUGUUAAUUAAUUUUUUAAAAUUAAUCAAGUUAAAAUAUUUGACGUAGAUGCCCUGCUCAGAUAGAUUUAAAUGACGGUACAGUGAAACACUCACUUGUUACUUGUGUUUUAUGGAGUUUUGCCACCCUCUGCUGGCGCUUGGGUGCGACUGAUUUUAUAGGCUUCAGCACCCAUGAGCAUUGUGUAAGUAAUUAUUGACAUCAACAAUGGCGGGCUACUAGUUUAUUUUUUGAUUGAAAAUUUUACAAAUUUUAUUAAAAAGCAAACAUUAAGAGGGGUUUUAAUAUAACAUUUCGAUAACUUGUACUAACAUUUUUUUUUAAAGAACUACAAGUCUCUAUCCAUGGAUCACUUUAACAGAAUGUUAAUAAUGUUAAUGCCAUCUUGUUGAUUUAUUGUUAUAAUAAACAAAUACAGUCCUUAUGUACCGUAUCUUUCCAUUCCAACAAUAAUUUACAGAAAAAUAUGACAUAUUUUAUAGAUGUUUGAAUUGCGAUUAAUUACGAUUAAUUAAUUUUUAAGCUGUAAUUUACUCGAUUAAAAAUUUUAAUCGUUUGACAGCCCUAAUAAUUACUCAAUGCUCAAGGAGCUGAAACCCAUAAAAUCAGUUGCACCCAAGUGCCAGCAGAGGGCGGGAAAACACCCAAAAACAUAAGUAACAAGUGGACAUGACACUGUGCUGUCAUUUUAAUCUGUUUGAGAGGGGCAUGUGUGUUAAAUGCGUCAAAUAUUUUAACAUGAUUAAUUAAAAAAAUUAAUUACCGCUUGUUAACGCGAUAAUUUUGACAGCCCGAGUUCAGAUACUUAUUUGCAGCUGUAUCACACAAAAAUAAUGUUUAAAAAAAAUAAAAAAUAUGCGUUGUGAUUUCUGGAUUUUUUUCCUUUUCGAUUAUGUCUCUCACAGUGAACAUGCACCUACGAUGAAAAUUUCAAACUCCUCCAUGAUUUAUAAGUGGGAGAUUUGCAAAAUAGCAGGGUGUUCAAAUACUUAUUUUCUUCACUGUAUAGAGAACUGGGUUCUAAACCAUACUUGGGGCACAUAGCUAGCUAUCACUGACUGCUAGUCAUGAAUCUGCAAUUUCGUGAUCUGAAAUAAUCGGGAAAUGCUUUGUGAAGUGACCGUGAGUACCUCAUUAAGAAUUGCUUAGUUGAAAAUGUGUUGUAUAUAUAUAUUUUUUUUAAACGCAGGCGUUGGAACAAACAUGCAAGACACCCCUGUGGGGUUGUUCGUAUAAAGAACCGGACAUAGAGAGGCAGGAUUAAGAUAUAAACUUGUCUUCUGGGGUCUCUUCGACCUUAUUUUUAUACACUGUCCUGAUAAUUGCUUGCGACAACAUUGAUUACCACAAAGGAUUACUGGGAACACCUGAAAAAUGAACUUCCAUUAAGCCUCCAGUAUAUUACAGUCGGCACUCAGAAGCCCCUUUCACAUUGCUUAAGGCAUAACAAUAAGCAAUUACUUUCCCACUCCUGACAAACUCAUGCACAUUCAGAUAAUUGAAUGUGAGGAGAUGUCAAGUAGUGUCAGAAGGGAUGUGGCCUUUAGCCUCUGAUACUACGUAAUAAAUAAGCUAAUGCGCAGGUUGACUUCAAACUCAACCUUUCAUUCCAUAUUGGCACACAUGGUUUUAUUGGGAUAGCUCAGUGUGAAAGGGGCUUAAAACAAAAAGACAGUCAAGAUGUUUCGGGAUGAGCUGCAUGCGGGGGUAAAUUCUCCAAGAUAAACCACAGAUUCUACCUCACUUUAUUCAUCACUGACUAUUUCUUCUGUGUCUCGGCCUCGCUGUAACAUAAACUUUGGAGUCUUCCGAGGUAUGCUGGGGGUUGAACCAAGGUUCUAACAUAUGACUAAUGCAGUAAAUCAAUGGAAUGACUCAUAGCGUUGAUAGUUUUGUCCUGUUUUGAACAUCUUCUAGGCACACUCCUUCAACUGGACCUAAUUUUGCAUUUGGUUGCAUGUUUACAAAAUGUCUCAUUGUUUGGUAACAUGAAAGACUUUGCUUUAAUUCCAGAUGUGUGUCAUGUCCACAGUCAAUAAAAGUAAAUAAUGACUAAUUUUCAUGGUUUCUAUGGUUUGUUAUUUUUUAAUCUCACAGAAGGUAACCUGGUACCAAGCCUUUGGGAACACAUUGUCAGGAUGUCAUUGCCUUUUUAAAUUUGAACAAAGCCAUGAUUUAAUAAAGGCUUCUUAUUUUUCUACUUCUUGAGUGCCUCAGUUUUUUUGAAUUGUCGCUUUUUUGAUACCGACACCAAAGAGCACCAAAAGUGUACUUUGUACACCCAGCAGCUCUCCAUGCACCUCAUGUUAUACUGAACAUUGUCAAGAUAGUUUACCUCUUUAACACCCGGGCGUAUUUUGUCCAAAUUUGCAUAGCUUUAAUGUUGCCUUUAUAUUUCAAUGAAAAAAUUGUUAGCCUGGUUGUGUCCCCUUUUUCAGGACACCAUAACCUUCAUGUCCAAACUGUUUUCUUCACUGACCAAUUGUGGCCAAUAUUUUGGACCAAAACAGACAAAAAAAAAAAAAAUCCCUUUUUUUGGGGGGUCAAAAUUUGUAAUAUUGAUGACCGAUUGACAAAAUAUGCUCAACGAAUGGUUUUGAAGGUUGAAAAUAUUUUUUCAACUUGUUAGGAUAAUCAUUCAACAGAAAAAAAAUAGAGACAGCGAGAACGAAAAGUGGUCUUUGGCAUGUGGCAAAAUGGCUUUCGCAUUUGGCAUUUUUUUUGGUAUGUGGUAAAAUUAAUUUUGCCAUGUGGCAUUCUUUUGGUAUGUGGCAAAAUUGAUUUUGGCAUGUGCCAUUUUUUGCCAUGUGCCAUUUUUUUGGAAUGUGGCAAAAUUGAUUUUGGCAUGUGGCAUUUUUUGCUAUGUGGCAUUUUUUUGGAAUGUGGAAAAAUUGAUUUUGCCAUGUGGCAUUUUUUAGUAUGUGGCAAUAUG